GGGCACUGAGACCAACACAGUUCCUCAGUGUGCCUACUUUAGGCAAAUAAUCUUCCAAAAGCCAUUGCGGCUGCUCACACCUUUCUGCUGAAGCAUCCUGAUGACGAAAUGAUGAAGAGGAACAUGGCUUAUUACAAGACCCUGCCUGAUGCGGAGGACUACGUUAAAGACUUGGAAACCAAGUCAUUCGAGAGCCUGUUCAUCCGAGCCGUGCGAGCCUACAACGGUGAGAACUGGAGGACGUGCAUCACGGACAUGGAGCUGGCCCUCCCCGACUUCUUCAAGACCUUUCAUGAGUGUCUCGCCGCCUGCGAGGGCUCCAGGGAGAUCAAGGACUUCAAGGAUUUCUAUCUCUCCAUAGCAGAUCAUUAUGUGGAAGUUCUGGAAUGCAAAAUACAGUGCGAAGAGAACCUCACCCCAGUUAUAGGAGGCUAUCCGGUGGAGAAGUUUGUGGCUACCAUGUAUCAUUAUUUGCAGUUUGCUUAUUAUAAGUUGAACGACCUGAAGAACGCGGCCCCCUGUGCCGUCAGCUACCUGCUCUUUGACCCCGACGACAAGGUCAUGCAGCAGAACCUGGUGUAUUACCGGUACCACCAGGACAAGUGGGGGCUCUCGGACGAGCAUUUCCAGCCCAGACCAGAAGCCGUCCAGUUCUUUAACGUGACUACACUCCAGAAGGAGCUGUAUGACUUCGCUAAGGAACACAUCAUGGAUGACGAUGAGGGAGAGGUUGUGGAAUACCUGGAUGACCUCUUGGAGCUGGAGGAGCCCAGCUAGUGCCCCGCAGCCAGAGACACCUCCCCUCCACGUUCAGGAAACACAGACUCUUCCCUUUCCCCGUAGCCCAAGUUGUUGAUACCUCAGAGCCUUCUCUCUGCUCUGCGGAGUGAAAGUGAAGCUCCGUCUCUCGCUCCGUCUGACGAGGGGUGAGCCUGCGUCCCCGAGUCCCCCCGCCUCCCUGCCGCACACUCGCUUUCUCCAUGGUCAUACCUGCCUUUCUGACCACUUUGGUUAGAAGGACAGCUUUUCACGGUUGGGGUUUUGUUCGUUUGUUUCCAGAAAAUCAGUAUAUUUUAAAUAAGAAAAAUUUCUCUCCAAGAUGGUAAUUAUAAAAGCCUCCUCAAGCCUUUCUGCUUUUCCAGAUUUUGGUAUCCUUUCUCCCCACCCCGAUCCAGCAAGGACGGUGAGGACAGAGGCUAAAUAAAACGUCUGCAUGUGGUC